ACACGCGCAAGAGGACCGUCAAUACUUCGGAUCCAUCAAAUCUAAUAUUAAUAAUCUCACUAUAUUAUCAUCAAUCUCACAGUUCUUCGUCCUGGUGGAUCGAGUCGGCAUCACCUGCGUUAUUUCACCCAGAACUGCCUCAGUGAGAAGUAGAUUUAAUUGAUCCGAAACAUGUUUUGUGAAACUCUUUAGCGAAAUAAUCCACAAGAAGAGAGAGGACAUCAUUAUCGGUUCAUUUCAGCUCUUAAAUCUGGAAGUGGAUGAACUUCAGAGAGAGCACCGAAGGGAGAUAAGAGGAUUUGGAGAAAAUGAAGAGGUUUUACGGAGUCCAUCAUAACCAGCUGGUCCUGCUAUUGGCUGCUGCCGUGGCAACAGCCCUGGAUACCUCCCAUAACCUGGCGAGCGAGAGGAGUUCGAUAGAAAGCACGUACGAGUUGACCAAAUACCUGGAGUAUCAGCUGAAGGAGAUCAAAGAUGUAUAUCUCACCUAUCUGGGGCCUCCAUUUAAUGAAAAAGACUUCUCCCCACCCCGGCCCAACAGCACGGCUCUGUCCCUGCCCAGCGCUGCCACUCGCCUGGAGCUGUGGCACGGUCUGGAGAACCAAGCCCGGCUGGCCCAGAACCAGAAGGCCUACUCCAUCCUGCUGGCGGCCGUCAGGGAGCUGGCCCGCUCCACGCUCUGCCCCUCCUUGAAGACAUCUCUGCUGCAUUUCUGCACAGGUCUGGAUGGGCUGCUGGGCUCCAUAUCUGCACUGAUGACCACCCUCGGUUACACGCUUCCUCCUUCAUCUGCAAGCAUGAGAAUCAUCGGUAGUGAUCUCCAGUACCCUCAGAGGGCGAUAGGGAGAGAGCGACCUGCUCCGCUGAUGAGCCAAAGCCUGUACAGGUCCAGGACUGGGACCAGGACCGAGUCUGGCCAGCGAGUCGGGCAAAGACGAAGCGGAAUGAGGGUCGUGAGAGGAGACAGGGAGGACAGUGCUGCUGUGGACUCGACCGAAAGAAAAAGAGGGAGGGAGACGAGGAGAGUGGAGGCAACGGCAGGCAGGAGCGUCGGAUCGAAAGAGAGGGGAAGAGGUGAAAGAGGAAGGAGAGGAAAGAGGGAAGAGCCUGAGAGAUGGAAAUGGGCAGCCAGUGAAGGGAGGAAGGAAGAUGAGGCUGAAGACGAGGAGCCAAAAGGAGAGGGAGGCUCUGAGCCGUGGAGGAUGAGGAGGAGGCUGCUGAGCAUCACCGAGGAUGAAGAGGUUAGUCAGCAGCCGGAGAUCACAUUCAGUGUGUUGGCCCCGGAUACUGAAAGCUCCAUCUCCCAUCAGCAAGCGACCAUCCAAACCAACAGAAAAAACAAUCAGUUCAGUUACAACCUGAACUCACACUACACAGACACACUCAGAAAAGAGGACAGGGUCAUUUCAGAGACAAACGGAGGCUUUUUGGUGCAGAUGGAAACACAUGCUGACACUAAAGUAACCUCCUCAUCUUCCUUCUCUGAUAAACAUGAACAGCGUAGAUCCCCUCGCUCUCUUCUCCCCUCCACCCUCCAGCCCCCUCUUUCCACCCUUUCCCUCCUCUACCAGUUCGGAGCAGGUGAAGAACACUCCCUUUUACCCCAGCCCAUCCCUUUGUCUUUACGAAGAGGCCUUUACUCGCCCCCUCUCCACUCGCCGCCUUCGUCCUCUUCGUCUUCGCUGUCGGUGAGGCCGACGAUGAACGACUUCGCAAGGAAAGUGGAGGGGUUUUGGAUAUUGCGGGAGCUGCAGAGCUGGCUGUGGCGAUCGGCGAAGGACUUCAACCGGCUCAAGAAAAGACUCUGAGGCUGAGAAAACAAAACUGAAGCAGAGCCACGUGUGCAUUGUAUCGACAAUCUACUAUUUGCACAAAAUCUAAGAGGACUGGGAAAAACUGAGAGCCUUAACAGACACACCAAAAGCACAUAAUCACACCAGCUAAGUCAUCGGACAAAACGUUUGUCGUUGAAUGUUUCUGGGAUCCAUGGAUAUGUAGAAUCUCAAUAUUUGUGAAGAAGAAAAAAAAUCGUACCAACAUUCAUAGGCAUCAAAUAUUUAUCUGUGUUGGUAUUUUAACUGAUUGCUGCACUUUUUAACUGUGUUUCUCAGAUAUCAUCAUUUGUAAUUCAACUAUUUUUCUGGUUACAUUUAGGCAAAGUGCUGUUUCAAGGGGCUUCUUUUAGCAAAAGAUCUGAGAACAAAUGACUCACAAGGUAUAUAACAAGAUUUAAGCCAAACCACAGUUUAUUCUUAAACCUUACCGAAGUGCUUUUCUUUCCUAAACCAAAAGCAAGGCUGCAAAGAUGCAAUAACACAUGACUCACAAUGCAUUUAGUAAUGUUUAAACCAAAUCAUGAACCAUUCCUGACCCUAACUAAAUCAAUUUUAUUGCUGAAACCAAAAAGCUUAAGAAAGUCUGGAUGUAAACUCCAAAGCUGGUUGCAAAAUCCUGGACUUUUUAUAUUCACUAUCUACCCGUCUUAUCUCCUGCCUAUUUAAGAAAUGGAAAAAAGUUGCAGUGCAGGUAAAACACUAAGACAUGGAUGUGUUAAAUGUUGAUAUGAAAUGUAUUCUAGGUUCACAAACUUUGGUUCGAUAUGUAACUGUGGUUUUCAGAAACGUACAAUGGCAACAUUUUUUUCCUGUCCUUUGGUUGAACAUAUUCAGGCUUACCACAUUCAUUCAUAUCAUACUGGAAUAUGUGAAUGAAGGACUUGGCAGGUCAACAGAGGGGCUGAUGGAAUAAAACACACCAAGCCAACACAUUACCAGCACUGACACUCGCCUAAAGCACAUAGCAGCUCAUUGAGCCAGACACACUGAGACUGGGCUGAGUUACGGGACUUCACAGCUCAUAGAUCAACAGAAAUACCACUGUAGGUGGUUAGACUCACACACUCAGAUGGGUCAACUGAGUGACAGGCAGCAAGACAGACAGAGCAGCCAUUGAGUGAAAACUGAUUCAGAUGUGUGAAUCAGCAAACUGUAGGGAAAGAAGGGAAAAUUGUGAAUGGGUGAAAGACAAAAGGAGAGGAAAUGAAAUGGCCAGAGGGAUGAUGAGGGCACAGAGGAGGAGGAGGAGAGGAAGGAGAUGAAGACGGGACGAGGCGUGAGUCAGGAGAUGAGCACUGGAAAGAGCGGGCAGAGCGGUAGUGCUGAGUAAUCAGAAGUUAGCUGGUCAGUUACAGUAACUCAACAACAGCGCUACACAUACCAUCCAAUCAGAGAGGUGGUCAAACACACUUACGAACACAUUACUGUGGUAUUUGGUGCCUUAAAAUACCAGUGACCUGUACGCUGCUUUGGAUUAAGUGAACUCUCAUUUUACCACUUUUAUAUCACUUCACUCCACAGAAAGACAUAUUUAACACAACCGUAAAGUGCUUUAAAAUAGACUAAUUCCUUUCCAAAAGCUUUGGCUGUCGUUUUUCCAUUUUAAGGAAUAAUCAUAGAAAUAUUUUACUCUCUGAAAGUUACAUGAGAAGAUUGAUACUGUUUUAAUGAUAAAUCACAAGGUCAUUAAUUUAUCUUAUAACGACUGGAAGCGUAUUUCCUGAUCUUGUUCAAAGGCCAUGUAUAUACGUAUUUAUAGACACCCUCCAUAUUCCUGCAUCUCUGUUUUUAUUGUUCACACCAGAUUGUUUUCAGAAAGCUUUUCAUCUAUAUGAACCCAAAUAACUAUGCCAUAGAGCCUGUCAUGGGGUCAGGGUUAGGAUAAACAAAGGUCGCACACAUACCUUGAUGUUAAGGACCUUAACACUCAGAUUCUCCCUCUACUCAUACAAGCAUGAGUACUGAGCUUUCCAAAAUCUCUACUUUGGACAGAGUUUUUAGAAUGAAUUAUUUUCAGUGACCUAAACCACAGUUUUAUUGGACAAAAGACAAAACGCAUGAAAAAAUAUCUGUUUUUUCAGAUACCCAACUAUGUGUAUACAUAGCAUAAGCUGCAAACAAGGGUUUACAUGGAGUUUAUUUUGUCUCUUUCUUACUAAUUCUAUUCCUAAACUGACUGUCUUGGUUGCUUACAAUCUUUAUUUAUAUAUCCUUGAGUUCUGCUACAGUGCCAACAUCACAUUAUGCUGUCUGUUAUAAAUGAGGCUGACUAAUGCUAAAAAAUGACAUAGCAUGACACAAAUGUCACAUUAGAAAAUGAGCAUGUACAACAAUUACAAAUAUAAAUAACUAUGUGAGAUUUGUGCAUGCUUACAUGAAGUUUGUGUUAUAGUCUUCAUUGUACUGAGAACCAGAUGUUUGUUGACAUUAGCUGACUGCAUUUCUAAGUUAACGGUACACUGCAUGCAGAAAAAUGUUGAAGUAUUCAAAAGUGAACUCAAGGAUCUGUUAUCAUGGUUGUAAGGACCUAAAACUGUUAGUAGCUUGGAAUUAGAUAAUAAAAACAAACAGCUGACUUCUAGCACAAAUGUAAGAUUCACAUAAGCAAAUGACCACAUGCUAAUGUUCCACACACAUCUGUAACCUUGAACAUUUUCUGUUUAAUCCAUAGAAUGACUUAAGUAUAAAAAUGAAAUGAAUGUCUGGCCGAGUCUAACUAUAGACCAAGAAAAACAAAAGUACACAUAAAUGUCCAAGAGGUGUAAUAUAUCAUGGAGAAUGUCUUACUGACCCUAAACAUCUGCAUAAUUCACUUCUCUUCAUCUACUUACCAAAAAAAAUAUGUUAUUUUUCUGACUUAAACCUAUAAAGGAAUACUAUAACUUGCACCUUCAUUGGACUAUUUCAGCUGGUACAGCCCUGAAAAUAUUAAUAGUGUGUUAAAACCACCCAAAAUUAGUCAAAGUGUACUAUAUUUGAGUGUACACAGCUUUUGCUUCUGCUGUCGGAUGUGAAUAACUGGGCCUCCAUCCUUUUACAGUAACAUAACAUGGCAUCAAUCUUCUCAUCUGACCUUUACAAGAAAACGAACACUAGAAAUAUCACUGAGAUCAGUUUCUGCUUUUAAAACAUUUGGCAUUUCUUUUUGUUGCAACUCAGUCAGCCUAGAUACUUGUUAAAAAAGUUCUAUUUUUAUGUCUUUGAAAUGUGCCUUGGAUGGUGUGGCUAAAGUUGAUCAUAUCUCAAAAAUAUUUAUUGAAAGAGAUGUUUAUUUAUUUUUUUCCAGUGUGAAAAUACUGUAUCAUAACUCAAAAGAGAAUAAAUACUAGCUUUUGUACACA